AUGGUGUAUCCGAAUUUCAAUGGAAACGGCCAGAUAAUGUGGAGCUCCACCAAAUAUGGUUCCCAUCUGUUCACACCCACAACCCCGAUCAACUCGCAGGCCAAUUUGGCCGCACGGCUGACCCAAUCCACCCGAAUAGACGUUUUGCUGUUGGGAGCAUCUUCCCACAGAGACCUCAAGUUGAUGUGCGAGUCACUCAAGCUCUACAUCAUCCCCAAUGAAACCUUGAUCCUCGUGGACUGUUCGUUUGCCUUGGGGCUUGAGGCGUUCGUAUUCCAGAUCUUCGAGCAAAAAUCCUCCGUUUUGGCGAUCUUCAGCAGCGUGGACGUGAAAUUCCAGAACAAUUGUCACUUCCAGAUUGGAGAAAAUGUCUCCAUGACCGUGGGGCUUACUCGGUCAACUGGGGUAAAAAGAUUGGAUAAACUGCAAACCGACUGUCUAAACAUGAAGAGCUCAGUUGGUAUGAAGCUCCGCACACUGUGCGAAAUUGCUGACAUGGCUGAGUUGAGCCAAUUUCAGGUUACUUCCCUCACCAUAAAGCCCAGUUUUUGCGCCCUGAUAUGGAAACAUAUAGUCAACUUUGUGUGCUGCCAUGUCUUGCAUGCCAUCUACGAUGACAUGCUGUUCGACUCCAAGGGCCCGGUGCUUGCGCCUGUACUUAAGGGAGUCUACCAGGAAUUGUGCAAGAUCGGUCUGAAGCUGGGUGUCGAGAAAAUAAACGUUGAUCUGAGCGCUUUGGUGGCCAACUACAAAUCUAAGUACACCGUCAGGGACGACCCUUUGAAUGCCAGUUUUACAGAGUUCAACUUCCAGAACGGAAGAGAGACGUUCGUGAGAAUUGCGCUUCUUCAGUUGUUAAUCCUCUCAGACGACAUCCAGUGUGGAACAGUGGUUGCAUUGGAGUGCACCCUGGCAACUUUUGAGCGGGUCUUGCAACUUGAAAAGAAGCGGUCUUCACAAAAAGAGAUUCAGUUCACCAAGUCGAUGUUGAAGCCAGCCAGAGCACGUUCCAAACCAGCAUCUUCUGCACCUUCAUUGAACGACAGAGUCACGUCAUUGCUGGGACCAAACAAGUAUCGCUGUUGA